ACAGUACUUAAUCAAUUUAACAAUUAUUAUUAUGUGUAACCUACAACAAAAGCUAGGUCUACUUUGUUUAAAAAUCUCUUUGGGGUAUAUAUUAAUCUCAGUAUAAUUACCACUUUAGUUCAAGAUAGGAGGCCUAUUUGAUGCAUCCUCUAACAUUAAAGGGUUUUAGAUGCCUCAAUUAUAGCUGUCUAUAAAACUUGAUGUACAGUAUGUUAGUCAAUGGUUUUCCUCUACAGGAUUUUGCACAUAUUUUCCUACCUGGAGGAAGAAAGAAGCAAGGUGAUCCAGAGCAAAUUAUGUUUCUCAGUGAACUCAAGUUUUUAAAAGGCUGGCCCCUUCAACUCUUGGAGGACAAUCCAGGGAAAUGUGUUGUAAAACACUUCAGCUGUGCUUUUCCCUGCAGAAGAGGCGCUGUCAUUUUACAGACCAGUAGCAUAACUGAUUGGAUCUACAUUGUCAGAUCUGGUAGCUGCUCAGUAAUGAAAGUUUUUAAAAUGGAUCAGGGUGUUGAAGCCGUCUUUCCAGUCAAGAGAAAAAAACAAUCCAGUAUUUUCCAGGCUGCUUCUACCUUAGUUCAUCCCGGGACUCCCACGGAAGGUCAUGAACACGAGAAGAUCAUCCUGGACAAACACACUACAAAGACACAGCAAAAGAAGAGGACCGUGAGGCACGAUGAAGGAAAGGAGAACGCUCCCUCUGUGUCUCACAGAACAGGGCUGGUUGACUUUAAUCCACAACGCCCAGUGAAUGGAUCCAGGAGCCCAGAGAACCAAGUCUGGGGAGUGACAGAGGACAGCGAAUGUGGACUGAGAGAAAGACACCCAAACACAAUAGUGCUGGAGACCAAGAUGGAUGAUAAAUCUAGCCAGGUCAAUAAAUUACCCUCUCCUAUGAAGUCUGCCUACCUCAGGGCAAGACUGGUCGUUCCUUCACCGGUUUCAGAAAAACUAGAGGCUGAGAAGGAUAAAACAGAUGAAAUGAAUCUAUCCAAAACCACAAUAAUGAAGCCUGCAUUCAUAAUGAUAGACACACUGGUAAAAGGAUCAGUCUUUGGACUAUCUGACUUUUUGUUCAGUGACCAGCCAAGUUGCUAUAUAAUUAGCAAUGGGGCAGAGUGCCUGCAAAUCUCUAAGAAGUUUUACCUGGACAAUGCAUCCCAGGAUGUUCUUGACAAGCUCAGGCAGCAGCAACAUCCUUAUCCUGGUGAAAAGGAGCUCUUGGAGCGACUCCAAAAAGAGAUGCAGUGGCAGACUUUCCGUAAACUAGCCAUCUGCAGCACACUCCAGAGGAUCGAGCGGAAACGAAACCAAAGACAGCAUGGACUUCCACCAGACCGCAGUAAAAACUGAAUCUUUCUAAUAAAUACCACACGUGGUAUGUCAUGGUAAAAAAAACUAUAGCCAUGCACAGUAAAGCAUUUCAAAGAACAGUAAUUGCAUAGCACAAGACUGAUGUCACUUUUCAUUGUUACGGAAUGUAACGUUAUCAGACAAUUGUCAUGAAUGAUAUGAAUUGGAUGCUGAAGUUAGUAAACCCUUGUAUGAAAGUGCUGCUUUUUUCAGUUUUAAUUGUUCCCCUGCCAAUAUGUAAUGUCAAAAUACAUACAUGAAUUAUUUCUUUAACAUUCCAGUUAUAGCAAGUUAUAGCAAAUAAAACCUUUCUGUGACCCAUUCAAACAAAGAAAAUACUAUGUGAAACUAUGUAAAAUCAUAAUUUUCUGCUUUGUAACUGUAUAAUUCAACUGAUCACUCUCUCUCCAAAACCAUAAUUGAAAGGGGGGUGGGGGACACACACUUAUACCCCUUCUCCACUGGCACAUCCAACCCGUGAGGGCUCGGUACAGUACGGGUACUUCUCCACUGGCUGUUUAUCGAGCUGAGCGAGAACCAAACCGUGAAACUUCGGCCUCACAAAACAUCUGAAUCCGGCUGUGAGCUGAGCCGAGCCAGGGUUAAGGAUUUUCAUCAUUACGUUGCGUCCGUCAGUACACUCCACAAAGAUAAAUAACAAACAUGGCAGGCAGCGAGUGUGAUGAGAGAAAAGUACAGCCUUGGGAUGCUGAGGAAGUGCAGACACUAGUUUCUCCGUGGGCAAAAAGAAGUGUUCAGAAAGAUUUGGAGUCGUGCGUCAGAAAUGAGUGUUUAUGCCCGAAUUUCUGACGAUUUGAAGCAAAUGGACAUAAACCGCGGGUACGGUACACUUAACUCACACACCCAAAAACAUAAAAUUCUACCAAAUUUCUCAUCUUUGAAAUAUUAUAUUUUUAUAAACAAAAUAAAUGCGGGAAAAUAAAACAAUUCUAAACGUAUUUACAAAAAUAUAGUAAAACAAAAUACAGCUGUACCAUACAUAUAAAAUACAGCUCUACCAGACAUAUAAAAUACAGCUCUACCAUACAUACUACGGCU